AUGGAUCAUCAAAUACUAAAGCUUCCAAACGAGUCGAAGAACAAGAAUGUUGCAUUCUCCCCGUUCUUGGACGAAAGCCAUCCUUCAAAGAGGGUGAAUCCUAGCAUGAAUUCAAAGAGGGUGAAUUCUAGCAUGAAACUCGUUAAAGACUUGUGGUUAGAGGAGUCACAGAACAAGAAUUUUGCAUUCUCUCCGUUCUCGAUUGACAGUGCUCUAGGUCUACUAGCUACCACAGCAAGUGGCGAAACCUUAAAUCAGUUAUUACAGUUCCUCAAUUGUGAAGACCCCACUGUUCUAAGUUCUAGUCAUGCUGAACUCAUCAACAUGUUGGGCAAACCACAAACCGAACCUAAACUGUCUUUUGUUGGCGGUGUUUGGAUUGAGAAAUCAUUUCCUGCUAUUAAACCUUCGUUCCAAGAAAUUGCUCGUGCAGUUUAUAAAGCGGAAACCGAAACUGUGGAUUUCAAAAAUCAGAGCAACGAAGUGCUGAAGAAGGUGAACACAUGGGCUGAAAAGGAAACCAAUGGGUUAAUUCAAAAUCUCCUUCCGGAUGUUGCAGUCAAUGAGGGCACAAAGUUUAUAUUGGCGAAUGCACUCUAUUUCAAAGGAUCUUGGGACCGAAUAAAACAAUUUGAUCGAAAGCUGACCGAGAUAUCGAAGUUCAAUCUUCUCGACAGAAAAGAACCAGUACAGGUUCCCUUCAUGUCAUCGAGGGGAGAUCAAUAUAUUAGUUGUCAUAAUAACUUCAAAGUACUGCGACUCCCGUAUAAAAGUGAUAGGAAACUCGCUUCAGAUAUUACUAGGGAUUGGAAAGUCCCUCCACAUUUUUCUAUGUAUAUAAUUUUACCGAAUCAACGCGAUGGGCUCGGAGAACUUAUAGAAAAGGUGAGCUCGGAUCCUGCUUUUCUUCAUCAGUAUCUCCCGGUGGAUACGGUUCCAACAAGAGUAUGCAAGAUUCCCAAGUUCAAAAUUUCUUUUGAUUUUGAAGCAAAAAGAGUUCUAAAGAAAGUAGGACUCGUUUUACCUUUUGAUGAAUCAAAGUCGGAGCUGACUGAGAUGCUGAAUACCGAUGAAUCGAAGGCAGAGCUGACUGGGAAGGUGAAUGCUGGAAGUAAGCUUCAUGUUACAGCGGUUUUUCAUAAGUGUUUUGUUGAAAUUGAUGAAGAAGGAACUGAAGCUGCUGCUUCUACUGCUGUUUUAAUGGGAAUGCAGCAAUGCCGACAGGGUCCUCAUGCACCUCCUCCUCCUCCUCCUGUCGAUUUUGUGGCAGAUCAUCCUUUCAUGUUCAUUAUAAGAGAGGAGAAAAGUGGUGCAGUGUUGUUCAUGGGGCAUGUCCUUAAUCCUUUAUCAAACUAA